GCAGGGCACGCCGGGAGUUGUAGUCCUGGGGGCGUGAGGGCAAUAAGAUGGCGGCGCCCGAGCUACUGUCGGACGAGGGGUACCGGGCGGACGGACGCCGUCCCGCCGAGCUCCGCAAGGUCCGGGCGCGCAUGGGGGUCUUCGCUCAAGCCGACGGCUCGGCCUACAUCGAGCAGGGCAACACCAAGGCGCUGGCUGUGGUCUACGGCCCACAUGAGAUGCGCGGGUCCCGCAGCAAAUCCCUGCCGGACCGUGCGGUGGUGAACUGCCAGUACAGCAUGGCCACCUUCAGCACCGGGGAGCGGCGGCGGCGGCCACACGGCGACCGUCAGGCGGGGGAGCUGGCCCUGCAGCUCAAACAGACCUUCGAGGCUGCCAUCCUCACACAGCUCUUCCCCCGCUCGCAGAUCGACAUCUACGUGCAGAUCCUCCAGGCAGACGGUGGCAACUACUGCGCCUGCGUCAACGCGGCCACGCUGGCGGUGAUGGACGCGGGGAUCCCCAUGCGGGACUUUGUCUGUGCCAGCUCUGCCGGGAUGGCCGAGGAGACCCCCCUGGCCGACCUCAGCUCCCCCGAGGAGGCAGCGUCGGGGGGCCCGGGGCUGGUGCUGGCACUGCUGCCCGCGGCUGGGCAGAUCGCGCUGGUGCAGCUCAGCGCCCGCCUGCACCAGGAGCGCCUGGAGGCGGCCAUGGAGGCGGCGGGGGGGGCCUGCAGGGCCCUGCACGCUGUGCUGGACAGAGUGGUGCGGGAGAGGCUGCGGGAGGUCACCGCCCUCAUGGGGGACUGAGGGGACACGGGGAGGGGGGUGGCACCAUGCCAGGACCCUGCUCAAUAAAGGUCUGCUGAGUG